AUGAUCAACGAAACCACUGGUCACGUAACCGGAUUGAUUGACUUUGAACGAACCACAAUCGCGCCUUUGUGGGAAUGCGCGCUUCUUCCACGGUGGUUACAGCAUCCUGCCGAUCCAGAGGCGACCUAUGAAGGAGGCGACGAGGCGACAAGACAACCCUUACGCACGACUUUUAUGGAUAAGGUCGGGAGUGGGCAAUGGAAUGUGCUAUAUGAGCUUGGGAAGCCUUUCAGGCAGCUAAGCGAUCGGUUGUGUUACAAUGUUGGCAGCUUCAAGUUGGCUUCGGAAUUCAUGGAAUCGUGGGUUGAAGAGAGGCUUGCCUGGGCAAAAGAUCAUCCAGGCAUUGGCGUUCGAGCGUCAGCGGUUUGCAAACGGAUUCUCGAUGCCCCGUGCCAUCAACGUGCCAUACACCUCAAGACGCGAACCUUCGACUUGUCACGCUCUGCCCGAACGAGCUUAGAGUCCCAAUUUUGGAUGCUUCUGAGAUGCCAUAUGUCGAAAGGUGUAAAUUCACUAUUCUGUAGAGCUCUUUGCCAAUAA